AUGGACGACAGAAAAAUCUUCAUCUUAGACGAUGACGACUACGAUCCUGGUACCAACUUUGACGUAAAAGGUAUCGGUGAGAUUUUGGAUCUUAGUUCAGACGACGACGUUCUGUCUGCCAAAGUCAUCGGAAAUGUUUUCAACCGGGGUGGUCCUGAAGAUGUAGAGAUAAGAAAUAGACCAUUGAAGCGAGAGGCAAUCGAUCUCACCAUAAACGAUGAUCGUGCUCCAUUAAAUAACAUCUUCACGUCGCGGAACAGUGACGACGCUCUUGCUGAUUCAACUACCGCUGUCGACGUCACGCAUCUCUUUGAUUUUUCGUCGGCAAACUUCAUGCCAGGACUCGCGUAUAUGGAAGAUGAAGGUAGCGAUGUUACCAACUGGAGUCUACCGGGGAUAUUCCGUAGUCCUCUCCACUCGCCUCUCCCGCAAACACCAACCCUUACUGAGAACUUACUUCGUCCUCGCCCCAGUCCCUCGGGGCAUAAUACUCUGUCCUACGCUGACCCCCCAAAGGUCAAACGCAGCAAGCGAGCGAAUAAAGAAAAUCAUGGUAGCGGAGAAGAAAACCCGGGGUGGAGGCAAGCUUAUCUCAAGCUCUUGAAGAAGUACACUUGUCUUCAGAGAGAACGCGACAUGCUCAAGGAGUCUCAUGAGCGCGUCCGGAUGGAGAAGAGAGUCGAGGGGGGAGAAGGGUCAUCAAGGUCACCUUCUCAGAUUCUGGGCUGGUGCAUGGAAGCUGAGUUGCCAGGGUUCUGGAAGGUUGCGUUUGAGAAGGAGAGCUAG